AAGAAUUACUAUUCCCGGAAAUGGAGCUUGACAAGUUGUUCGAAGACCAAGAGUUGGUUUUGAGCAUUCCAGCCCUAGCCCUGGAAGAAAUGGAGCCUGAGAAGCGGCCCGAGUGUUGCAUCUACAAGGUUCCCCAGAAACUCCGUAAGGUAAAAAAAGAAGCCUACACUCCAAAGCUAAUUUCAAUAGGCCCUUAUCAUUACGGCCAAGAAAAUUUGAAGAAGAUGGAAGAUUUGAAAGUGAGGUAUUUCAUUGAAGCCGUUAAUCGGACUAAGAAGAACAUGGAUGAUUUUACAACAUGCAUCCGAAAAAUCAAAUACAAGAAGAUCCUUCAUUGUUAUGCAGAGGUCAAUGACAUGAACGAGAACGAUUUCAUGCAAAUGAUCCUUUUGGAUUCUAUUUUUAUCAUUGAACAGUUGUGGAGGAUUAAUGAAAACCCGCCAUUGAGCCCACCAGCAAUGACUACCAUUUCCCGAAAGUGUGAAUGGAAUUUAUUGGAUGCAUGUGUAAUAACUUGCCAAAAAGAAACAAAGGAAGAUGACCCAGAAAAGAAAAACCCAAAAGAAGACAACCAUGAAAAGGAAAACCCUUUGCGAAGCUACAAUAUUAUGCAGGACUUGAUAUUACUUGAGAAUCAGGUUCCAUUUUUUGUUCUGGAGGAAUUAUACGAUUUUGCCUAUAGCGACCUUUCUAUGUACCAGCAAAAUGAGGAUAAUUCCUUUCUUAAGCUUGUCCAUGCAUACUUUUUCCAUUUUUGGAAAAGUUCUGGUUUAAUUCACCAUUCUGAUUACGAGAGGAUAUUCUUUGGUAAGAAGAAGAAAGUCAAACAUUUUACUGAUUUCAUAAGAUAUUUUCUCCUUCCACAGAAUCUAACAUGUGGAAGUACUUUUGAACGUGUACCUUGUGCAACCAAGUUGUCGGAGGCAGGAGUGGAAUUCAAAGGGUCCAGAGCAGGACAAUUCAAGAAUGAAAGCUUACUUGACAUUCAAUUUCGAAAGAGUGCCUUACUGAAAAUUUGUCCAUUUUUAAACAUGUCAUGGCUCUUCAGUUGCUUUCCUUGCUUCAAAUGCUUGGAGAUCAUGCAACCUGUCUUGGAACUCAAAUCCUUUAUAAUAAGGGAUUCAACUGAAUGUAUUGUUAGAAACCUCAUGGCCUUAGAGCAGUGUCAUUAUCCAUGGGAAUCUUACGUAUGUAAUUAUAUUGUAUUGUUGGAUCAUCUUAUCAACACUGCAGCAGAUGUGGAUCUACUGGUUGAGAAAAACGUUAUCGUUAACUGGCUAGGCAACAAUAAGGCAGUGGCAAUUCUGAUCAACGCCCUUUGCCAGCAAAUUGUAGAAGGUAAUUCUUGUUACUUUGAACUCAGUGAAAAGAUUAACGAUCACUAUAGCAGCCGUUGGAGCAAACUCAUGGAAUCCUUUACAAAUCUAUAUUUCAAAGAUUUUUGGAGAGGGACAGCAACUGUUGUUGGAAUCAUGGUCCUGUUUUUCACUUUCUGGAAUUUCCUUAGACCUUUUGUCUUUCACACUUGAACAUCUGUGUGCUUCAGUGUUUGUUGGAGACUUGGUGCUUUGCUUCUGCUUAUUUAGAUACAUUCUGAACUUUGUAAUAAUGCUUUGCUUCUAGCUUAGCAAAUGUUUUGUUGUAAGUUUGUGAUGUUUCCACAUCUAUAAACUGGU